CCUGCACAAGUGUAGUGACCCAGACUGAUUCGGUGUUACCGCGCAUGCGCCCUUGUGUCACACAUCUUACAUUUCCCCUGCAGCUGUUAAUAUUAGCGUUCGGGGCUGUUCGUUUUUACUCCACGUCCCCUUUUUGCGCAGUAAGAGGAUUUCGAGUAUCUUUUAUGAGUAACCAAAGGCAGCAGAAGCCUACGCUAACAGGCCAGCGUUUUAAAACUCGCAAAAGAGAUGAAAAGGAGAGGUUUGACCCCACCAACUUUCAGGAAAGUAUCGUACAAGGUCUGAACCAAACUGGCACUGAUUUGGAAGCUGUCGCAAAGUUCCUCGAUGCCUCUGGUGCCAAACUCGACUACAGGCGCUAUGCUGAGACUCUGUUUGACAUCCUGGUGGCUGGUGGAAUGCUCGCCCCAGGAGGUACCUUGGCAGAUGACAUGACAUGCACAGACUUCUGCCUCUUCAAAGCACAAGAGGACAUGGAGACUAUGCAGGCAUAUGCACAGGUCUUUAACAAGCUCAUCAGGCGCUACAAAUACUUGGAGAAAGGAUUUGAGGAGGAGAUUAAAAAGCUGCUGCUGUUUCUCAAGGGCUUCACGGAGUCUGAGCGCAACAAGCUGGCCAUGCUAACAGGAAUUCUUCUGGCCAACGGCAAUAUCUCCGCAUCCAUCCUCAGCAGCCUGUUCAACGAGAACCUGGUUAAAGAAGGUGUUUCGGCAUGCCUCGCUGUGAAACUCUUCAAAUCCUGGCUUUCUGAAAAGGACAUCAACUCUGUGGCUGCCAGUCUCCGCAAGGUUGGCAUGGACAACAGGCUCAUGGAGCUGUUCCCCGCCAACAAGCGCAGUUGCGAGCACUUCUCCAAGUACUUCACGGACGCCGGGCUCAAGGAGCUCUCGGGCUUCGUCAGAAACCAGCAGUGCAUCGGCGCUCGCAAGGAGCUGCAGAAAGAUCUCGAGGAGCAGAUGUCACGUGGGGACCCCCUCAAAGACAUCAUCGCCAACGUACGGGAGGAAAUCAAGAAGAACAACAUCUCUGAGCAGACGAUGAUCGGACUCAUCUGGUCCAGUGUAAUGAGCUCCGUGGAGUGGAACAAGAAGGAGGAGCUCGUCACAGAGCAAGCCAUCAAACUUUUAAAGCAAUACAGCCCACUGUUGAAGGCUUUCACCUCCCAGGGCCUCUCUGAACUUACUCUGCUGCUGAAGAUCCAGGAGUACUGUUAUGACAACAUCCACUUCAUGAAGGCUUUCCAGAAAAUCGUUGUGCUGCUAUACAAAGCGGACGUCUUGAGCGAGGAGGCAAUUUUGAAGUGGUACAAUGAAGCCCACCUGGCCAAAGGAAAGAGCGUCUUCCUCGAACAAAUGAAAAAGUUUGUGGACUGGCUCAAGAAUGCAGAGGAAGAGUCUGAGUCCGAGGAUGAGGAGGCAGACUGAGGACCGCGAGCUGUAACUACCAUCUUUACAGAAACACGGCACCAGAUGCAGUAGAAGAAUUUGGAACAGAAAGUCUGUCUAUUUCAGUUUUUUCUUUUCCUUUUCUAUUCUCUACCUCCGCCAUAUCUAGUUCAACCGUGAUGUAAGGGCUUUUAUACUGUUUUUAUUUCCAACAUGUUUUCUGUGUGAAUCAAUACUUAAUACUCUCCUUUCUACUCUCCGGGAGUCAGUCACAGUGCCACAGUUAACUAAAUAGAUUGAAAGCCCUUUCAUGGAAUAAAAAAGGGGAUAUUUUUUUCGAAAGAUUGUUCCCUUUUAGAAUUAGCCAGACAUAUUUCACAGUUAUUGUAUUUAGUCAUGGAACUCUUUUAUUUGCCAGAGGUCUUUCUGCGUGGCCGUGAUAUCUCGGUCCUCCCAAAAGGCGAACUGGUUUUCGUCCCCUCAUUUUUUUUACGUCUUUGCCAAUGAUUUUACAACUUUUAAUUUAUCGCCAGUUUUUAGAUUCUGUCUCCCAUUAUGGGUGCCGUUUCAAAACGGUGAUGGUGGCAACCGGGCAUAAAAAUGAUAUUUAAUAGACCUUAUGUAUACAGAACCAUGCUUACUUUGUAAGUUGUUUUUUCUUCCUUGACCAUACCGUUUGACUUUUUAAAAUAAAUGGAUAUCCAUGCUUUCA